ACUUGUCUUCUCAGUCUGAUUUCUUGAGUGAGUUUCUGCUGCCAGGAGAAACUUCUUACUCCAUGGUCUGGGUAAACCUUCCCAACUCAGACUGCAGUGUUCUGUGGCGGCUCUGUCUGUGAAAAUGACUGUUAGCAGGUGGCCCAGUCCGUUUUUGUAGCAUCUCAAGGCACCACAACACAUCACAGUUUGACAGAAUACUUGCCCAUAACCCAUGUUUCUGUGGUUAGGUGUACCAGUCAAAUGCAAACUUGUUUUCUUCUUUUGAACUUCCUAUGACGAGAAUGGGACCUGCCCAGUAGCAAUAACAAUAUCCAAUCAACUGCCUUUCUUUUCCUCUCUGAAUCACACUCUGAAAGAGAACAAGGUGAGAGUUUGCUAUCCAAGGCUGACUUUUCUGCACACCCCGCUUUUGCUGAUGUUCGAAAUGAGGGUACAGAAUCACUCAACGGGAGUGACCUUUCCAGGUCCUCCUGAUUUCAAUGCAACUGAGAAGAAUUGCUCUGAACCUGGGAUAAAUUUCCAACACACUUUUUAUGCCGCCGCGUACUCCAUCAUUUUCAUCCCGGGCCUCCUAUCCAACAGCAUAGCUCUCUGGAUGAUAUGGCUCGUCAUCCGAAAGCAAAACAAAACCAUCGUAUUCCUGUUGAAUCUGGCCACCGCCGACUUCAUCCAUGUCCUCUCCCUCCCUCUGCGGAUUUAUUAUUACAUCAACUACAAGUGGCCCUUCGGGUUCUUCCUUUGCCAGCUUUGCUUCUACCUGAAGUAUCUCAACAUGUAUGCCAGCAUUUGUUUCCUCACCUGUAUCAGCCUACAAAGGUACCUUUUUCUGCUCCACCCAUUCAAAGCCAAAGACUGGAAAAAGAGCUAUGAUGUCGCCAUCUCUGCUGCCAUCUGGCUGGUCGCUGGAGUCGCCUGCCUGAUAUUUCCAUUGCUGAGAAAGACCCACCAUUCCGAGGCUUGCUUCUCCGAUCUCAGCAUUGCAAAAUUCCAGAGCCAAUCAGCUUUGGUUGGGAUGCUGGUGGUCGCUGAAUUGGUUGGGUUUCUGUGCCCUCUUGGCAUCAUUGUCUACUGCACUUGCAAGAUUAGAGCCUCCCUUCAGGAAAACCAAAUGCCUUUACAAAACACUAGUGAGAAACAGAAGGCGUUACGGAUGGUGGCCAUGUGUGCUGUUGUGUUUUGUGUGUGUUUUGCCCCUUAUCACAUCAUGUUUUUCUUCUUUAUGUUGGUAAAAGAAGGUGUUCUGAGCAGCUGUGCUGUAAAGCAAAGUAUCUUGUAUCUUCACCCCUUUUUUUUAAGCCUUGCAAGCUUUAACUGCUGCUUGGAUCCAUUCCUAUAUUUUUUUGUGACAUCAGAAUUCCGUGAUCGGAUAUCAACAUACAGUAGCUUGUCCUUCAGAAGUCGUUUGUUAAGCAAGGAAAGUGCUUCUUCUAUGAAGGAAUAAAUUAGUUGGGCUUCAAGUUGGACAAAAGAUUGGAAGAUCUACAGGAGCUUCCUUAGGCUCCUAUAGUUCAGAGCUGAAUUCUCUUAUGUCUCCAGAUCUCCUGUAGCACAGGAGUGGGCUCACAUACCAUACUAAGGAAAAGUUUGCUUUGUUCUGGUUGGUUGAUUAUACAAUAGUUGGUUGGGUUCAUACAAAAUGAUAAAUCAGUGGUUCCUAAUCUGUGGUCUGGGGACUACUGGUGAACCUUGACUGUUCUGCAAAUGGUCCUGGUACAAGUGCCCUAAAUUAAUAUAAAUAUAUUCAAGUGAUAAGCAUCUCAUUAUACUGCUAAACCUUACAGGAUUUAGGGGUUCUAACUUGAAAUCUUGCAAGAUAUUGGUAUUCUCACUUGAAAUCUCCAACUGCUGUUUACAAAUCAUUCAAGAUUGCAGGCAACAACAUCAACGACUUGUAAGAUAUGAUGAUCUUCUGAGCUUGCAACUAUUUAAUUCGGGGGUCUCAUGGAUGCCAUCUUAUGGGAAGUUCCAUGAACCAAAGUAGCCAUAUGUGCUACAUUGCUGGCCCUUAGCUAAUGUGGUGGUCUUCAAAAGCUUUCAGUGACCAUGUUUUACAAAUCACAAGGGUGGGAUUCGCACAGCUAAGUCAUAACAUGAUCUGUUUUGUUUUCAUUUUUUCUAUGAACUCAGUCUGACACUCAUCGUUCCCAACCAGCAAUUCCAAACUGGGUGGGGAUCAUCAAGUGUUAAGCUACCCAAACCAAAAACAGCUCUUCAGAGACAGGAGUUUCUUUUUCCCAGACCUGUCUGAGGUAGACAAUGGCUGAAUCUGUUUUAUUUUGCUUUAUCACAUCCUUUGGAAGCACUAACACUUUUUGCUGCUCCUACUAAUGCGCAAUAGGACAUUGCUUUGGGGGUGCAAUUUCUGACUGAUUUCUAGCUAGAAUCAAAGGUGUAACUUGCAUUAAGCCUUCAGAUAGAUUUAGCAUACUGAAAACUUGCAAAAGAAAAUUGGAAUAAAUUGGAAUAAAUUCCACAGUUAUAAAUAGAAGUUCUCUGGACUUCUCUUGAUCUGCAACUUUCAGCU